AUGUGGAAGAAAAAGACCCUUGUGCAGGUGGUUACUAUUGGUGGUCGCGGACGACUACAGGUGGUGUCGAAACCUGGCAUUGAACCUGACAACGACGGACUUGCUGAGGAAUGCUAUGACUUAGGACGUCCAUUGGGCCAAAAGGAAAGCACAUCGGUGAUCGCCCAUCAGCAAGAGUGCAAGUUGUCUGUCAUGAAGCGAAGGUAUUUUCGUUACCUGAGUGGCUUUGCCACAUUUGAAGCCAUCUCCAUUUGGAGCUUCUUCGAUUCUCAUUAUCUUCUUUCAGAUUCUAUAAUUAAAAAUCCAGAGGUAGAAGAUGGUGAAUGUGCCUUUCCAUUCUGGUAUAGAAAUGAAAUAUUCUAUGACUGUGUCAAUUUCAAUGCAAAACACAAGUGGUGUUCUUUGAACAAGACUUUUCAAGGUUACUGGAAAUACUGUUCUCUGUCAGACUAUGCUCCAUGUGCCUUUCCCUUCUGGUACAGACACCUGAUCUACUGGGAUUGUACGGAGGAUGGGGAGGUGUUUGGAAAAAAGUGGUGUUCACUCACCCCAAAUUACAACAAAGACCAGAUUUGGAAAUAUUGUACAUAA